UUAUUUACACAGAAAUUAGAGAAGGGACUUGACGUGAUUUACUGGCGGGACCACUGGACGCCAUACAGGGAUAGAGGGAAUAGUCCAGCAGUGCUCGAGCAGCGGUGGAUGUGGAAGUGAAUUGUCCGCCAGCGACCGAGUGGGGGAACUCUUCAAGGCCUUGCCUGUUACAACUACACUGAAGAGAGAGCAGGAGGCACAGUUGAAUAAUCACCUAGAUCUUGAUCAAGAACAUGGCCAUUCUUUGGACCCCCAUCUACAUCCAGAAUAUGACCAUGGCAGUAGGAGGCCACACUGGGAAUGUGAUCAUCAUGCCCCAGAUGCAAGUCUAUGCUUGCUACAUCUCUGAUCUGGUGGUACCCUCUGGGGUACUUCUGCUCACCCAGCCCCUAGGAUCUACAUUUCUGGUCUGCACUCCAGUGACUACGGAACCACCAUUGGUGUUUUCUAUUUCUGGACAGCCCCAAGGGCUCCUUCUCGUUUCUGGCAUAUGCACAAGUCUGUUCCUUCAGCCCUGUGUCACCCUUCAACCUCUGAUACAACAACCACAGGCACCCAAAGAGUCUGAGCAAGCUGUGGCUGAUACCUCCGAGGAGCAGCGGAAGUUGGAGGCUGCUGAGGCUCUGCUGGCUCUGAGCAACUCAUCCCCAGCUCCAACUGAACCCAUGCAUCUGGCCCAGCCUUGCAAUCAAUCAGCUCCUGCUGGAGAUAGAAUACUUCAGCCUCCUGUUCCUGAUAUGUUCCCCAGGCCAGCCAACUCCAACUAGCUUCCUGUUGGCAGUGUACCAGAGGAUGCAGCUGGGCUUCAUCCCUCUAUGAGUU